AUAAUGAGAAGAAAUUAUAAUAAAGCACAUCAAUUCCUAAAAGACCCUUCACACUUGAAGUUGAAUUCAAGUAGCUGUCUCCUCGAGACUUACAUGGAAGCUGGAGGUGGCGGUGGUCGGUGUCUUAAUUAGCUAAGAAAAGGCUAAUCUCAUUAGAAAUUUACUUGAAUUUUUGCAUGUAUAGCUCAAGAUCAAGUGGUUAUUCAAGGGUUAGGAUUUGAGCUUCCACGACCGUCCAUCCAUCGACAUGGUAAUGCAGAUGGCACAAAACGUGGGAGACAGGGAUGACAACACGUGAGCACACAGCAGUUGAACGGCGACUGUAGUCGUGGGUCCGUGUCCAAUGCCCAUAAAAAAGGCCGGUGCUAGUGCCUAAAUUGAUGUUAGGUAAGAUCCUAGAUGAUGUGUCCCUCCUUUCUUCCUCGUAAACUUCACCCUGAUUUGGGAUGGGGCAGGGGUGGGUGGCCUUAUUUUUUUCCCAGUCAUACUAUUUAACGGCUCUGAUUGUGUCCACCUCCGCUUCCACUCAAAUCAGACCCUUCAAAUUGUAGACGGUUAUUAUCACGUCUUCAUGCAAUGUGCGCCCACGUGUUCCUGGCUAUGAAAAUAGUUGUGGUGAAAUAUAUUAAUUUAUCAGAAAUAACAAAAACAAAAUAACAAAUUUGUUUAAAAUCCUAUAAAAUUAGGGGAUAAAAAAAUGUAGUAAAGGCGAAAGGAGAGAGGGAAAGGAGGAGGAGGAGGAGCUGGUAGGCAUUUUAGGGUGUGACGGCUAGGGAAGUUUCCGUUAAGCAUGUUAGUACGAGUGUAACGGCGCGGACUCCCAUAAAUGGGUGCCCGGCAUUCGCAGAAUAUAAAAUAUUAUUAUGAAAAUGGACGUUUGUGUUUACGCGUAUGGAGCUGAGAUUGAGAAAGGGGUGGUGGGGAGCCGAUGACGCGGCUUGAGUCGAAAUGAAGUGAAACGAAGUGAAGAGAGAGUAAGGAGUAACCACACUCAGCAGUCAAAUAAGCCUAAACCAUGGUUAGUGUUCCGUACACUAAAGCUGACGCGUGUCCCGAUAAACGCGGUUUCCCUUCUCUUCCCACCGCCCUAUUUAUUCUCCACCUCUAUCCAUCUGCUCACUCCCAUUUCCUCAUUCCUUCUUCCCCGCCUUAUCCCCCUUGCUCUGCCUUAAUCCCUCGCCGGACCUCUGUUUUUUCCGGCGAAAAUCCACUAUUACUUGCGAUUUCACCAAUAUCUAACCCUAUUUCCACCAAUAUCUAACCCUAUUUCUUCGCUCGCUUUUCAUCCGCACUUCAAUUUUUAGGCAAUUUCGUAUCUUGGUGUGGUUUUUGGGUUUUGGAGAAUAAUUUUGGAGUAUUAAGUAUAAAAUUUGGAUAAUCUAGGUUUUGAAAAUGCGUUGAGGACUCUAGCAUUCGAAUUGUGCUUUCCUUUUCAGUCUGCGCACGGUCUCUGUAAAAGGAAGAGCUGAGUACUAAGGUGAGAAUGGCGUCAUCGGACAAUUUGGCUAGUGUUGAUCCCUGGGUGUUUCGUCACACUUUCGCUGACUCCUGGAUAUCAGAGGCAUUUGCUCGCGACACCGAAACUCUGACCAAGGCUCUUCAGAAAUCUAUUUCAAACCACCCCGACAACGUCGCAUGCGACACGAUCUCUCCCUUUCUGAACGAUCUUCUUAAGCCCGAGACGGCUCAGACCCCCAGCGUUUCCGGCGUUUCGGGAUCGGACCACGAGACUGCGCCGAAGCGCCGGACCGCGAUUCCUGGGGCGGUCGGUGGAAAGAUCACCAAGCGGAAGUCUCGCGCGUCGAAGCGGUCUCAGACGACCUUCAUCACCGCGGACCCUGCCAACUUCCGCCAGAUGGUGCAGCAGGUGACCGGCGUGAGAUUCGGUAACUCACAGCUGCCGGUGAACCCUAUUUUGAAACCGGAACCUAAGAGGCCUGGGAACCGGUUGCUAGGUUGCUUGCCAACUCUGGACACGUCGGAGUUUUUGCUUGAUCAUCAUCACCAGCAGGUGAUGGGCCCCGCCACGGCCACUCAGGGGGCCAUGACUUUUCAGCCCGUGGUGGCUGAUGGCGGUGCCACUGGUCUAGAAUUCGAAACUUUCCCGAGCUUUCCCACUCUGGAGUCGUGGAAAGUCAUGUGAUAUUUAUUCUUGUUCUUUUUUUAUGUACGUUAUUUUUAUUUUCUCUUAGCUCUGUUUUUUCGGCCCAUGAGGCUUUGUAGUUGGAGGCACAUAUAUGGUUGGGGUUAUGUUUAUAUUUUUGGGAGAUUUGUUUGGCUUUAGAUAUAUCCUCUUCUCCAUAUGGUAUAUGGUUUUGAAUGGCAUUUUCGCAGUUACCCUUUUUCCUUUA